AUGGCCCUCAGCGAAGAGAAGCGGGCCGGUUACGUUCCAUGUGGCAUGAUUGUGUGGCUGGUGACUAUAACGCCGCCGACAUACUACGACAGUGAAACCAACACCGCAGACAGUCGCCGGUUCGUGAUGGUUGCCAAUGACAUCACAUUCCAGUCCGGCUCCUUUGCUGUCCCGGAGGAUAACGUGUUCUGCGCCGCAUCGGCACUGGCUCGCCGGCUGCGUAUUCCGUUCGUCUACAUGAGCGCCAACAGUGGCGCCCGGCUUGGGCUAAGCAUGGAGGUAAAGAAGCGUUUCCGUGUCGCCUUCAACGCGGCAAAUGAGGUGGAGUACCUCUACCUCCUGCAGUCUGACUACGAGGAGCUGAUGCGGCGCGGUGUACAGUUGUCAGUGGAGGAGCACCAGCACCAGCCGCAGGAACAAGGCGCAGGUGCUGAGACGCGGUACAUUAUCCACGGCAUUGUCGGAGCACCUGAUGAGUACCUGGGUGUGGAAAACCUACGUGGAUCCGGCCUUGUUGCGGGGCACAUGUCAAAGAACUACAGCGAGGUACCAACCAUCAGCGUCGUGACAGGCCGCAGCGUUGGCAUUGGUGCGUACUUGAACCGUAUUGGACGCCGCGUCAUUCAGACCGACGACGCACCGCUCAUUUUGACGGGUUCUGGGGCCCUCAAUCGCCUCCUCGGCAAGGAAGUGUACAGCGACAACAGUCAGCUUGGUGGCAAGCAGGUGAUGGUACCGAACGGCGUGACACACUGGGGCACGAAGAGUAACUACAACUCCGCUGAGACGCUGCUGCGCUGGCUUGAUUACAUCCCGCCCGUUGUGGACCCACUGCGCUGCUGCCCCCGUCGCCUCGCGCUGCCGCACCAAGACCCGAUUGACCGCGACGUGACCUUCACGCCGAGCGGCCACGAGGCGUACGACCCACGCCUCCUUGUGUGUGGCAGCGGCGACAAGUCGGGUCUCUUUGACCGCGGCUCAUGGAUGGAGUCGCUGGAGGGGUGGGCGAAGUCUGUCGUGACGGGCCGCGCGACGCUCGGUGGCAUUCCGUGUGGCGUCAUUCUUGUAGAGACGCGGCUGACGCGCAAGCUGAACCCCGCCGACCCCGCCGACCCGACGUCGGCGUCGUCCUUCAUAGCGCAGGCGGGGCAGGUGUGGUUCCCCGACUCCGCGCGCAAGACGGCGGACUCCCUCGACGACUUUCACCGCGAGCGGCUGCCGUGCUUCAUCCUCGCCAACUGGCGCGGCUUCUCGGGGGGAAUGCGGGACAUGUUCGACGAGGUGCUCAAGUUCGGCGCUUCCAUCGUUGACAACCUCCGUGUGUACAACGCCCCGGUGUUCAUCUACAUCCCGCCCUUUGGGGAGCUGCGUGGCGGCGCGUGGGUCGUCGUGGACCCCGUCAUUAACCACAACGGGGCGGUGGAGAUGUACUGCGACCCCACCGCGCGUGGCGGUGUGAUGGAGCCGUCCGGCGUGGUGGAGAUAAAAUUCCGCGAGAACGACGUUAGGGAGCUUAUCCACCGCAGCAACCCGCACCUCGCCGCGCUUGACGCGAGCCAGCUGCGUAAAGAGGUGAACCGCCUCAUGCCGCAGUACCGCGACGUGGCCGUCCGGUUUGCCGAUCUGCACGACAGCCACGUUCGUAUGCAGGCGACGGGUGUGGUCCGGGGCGUGAUCCCGUGGAAGGACAGCCGCCGCCUCUUCCACGCGAAGCUGCAGCGCAAACUGAAGGAGCUCGCCGUGGCGGCAUCGCUGGUGGAGGCGAAGACGGUUGGCUCAAUGAUAGAAGGUGUGCGGAGGAUCGAGGCGGCCUUUGCACGGGAGCACCCUGACAUCCCGUGGGGUACGGAUGACGUGAUGCAGCUGCAGUGGCUCACGGAGAAGGAGGGAACAGGCAUCUUCGCCGCCUCUGCCGCCUCGUCCUCACUGCUGGACAGCGUGGCGGGGCUGGUGGCUGAGUGCAAGGCGACCGGUGCGCUGGACAGGUGCUUCCAGAGCCUCUUUGCGGACGAGGAGGUGCUGAAGGCCGCGAUGCAAGCGAUAAAUAAAGCCAAUGAGAAGCCAAUGAAGCUGCGGGCUUUUGACGAGGAGGACUACAUUUAG